AUGACAGGUUCAAAAUUAUGUUCUUCAAAUUGCUGGGUAAGGUUAGCAGAAUUGUUGAUUUUAAACCCUCUCCGGAUAAUAUCCGCAGUGGCCCGAAUGAUAGAAAGCAUUCGGAACGAGGCUUGCUGCAGCAUAGAGGAGCUAAAGUCCUCCGCCCAAGCGUCACUGAAAAAAAUGGCGGAGGAAGCGGCGACGCGUUUCGAAGACGUCACGCGCCAGUCGGAAGAGAGGAUGAAGCAAAUUAAAACGACCGUUAAAAAGAACGUCAAAAGGGAGAUAACGAAUGCGUCCGCAGAAUAUUCUAAAAUGAUCGAAACCGUCGAAAAAGGAUGCGUCGAGUCUCUGAACGACUACUUUCGCGUAACCAGGGACAAACUCCUGCAGAUAUUCGAAAAUUCCAAAGUGGCCCUCGGUAGGUACGCCACCGACGUCGAGGAGUGCCUGAGCGAAGCCGUGAAAUUCGUAGAACUGGUGGUGACAGAGUGUGUCGCCAUAAUACGAGAGUUUGCGAAUAAUGCCCAGACGAGAUUGGCCUAUUUCACGCAAGAUAUAUUGAGCAGCAAGAGAAAAUUUUCACAGUUGAAGGAAUAAACCAUUUUUGAGACCGUUAAACUGGCAUUGUUGAUGUUGCGACCGAAAAAUGACCUAGAA